AUGAACGGCGUGGGGCCGGGGUCAACAUCGGGGCUACCGGCUCAACUACCCGGCGUAUCUCUCCUCUCCGCCGGCUCACACCUCGUCACCGGAGCCUCGACUGCGCUCAAUGGUUCUGGAAGCGGAAGCGGACAAUCCAACAAAUUCUCCUCCGUCUACAAGCGGAUGGCGCAACGACGAAAAGUGCCCGAGGGGGAGCUUUGUGCGGUGUGCUCCGACCUCGCCACCGGGUAUCACUACGGCGUCGCUAGCUGUAAUGGAUGCAAAACUUUCUUCCGGCGGACGAUCGUCAGCGAGCAAACGUUCAUCUGCCAAUACGAGGGGAAAUGUGACGUUAAUAAAAAUAUUCGAUGCGCCUGCCGGCACUGUCGAUUUAACAAAUGUUUAUCGGUGGGCAUGGAUGCAAAAGCCAUCCAAAACGAUCGCGAUCGGAUCGGACCGACGAAAAAGGGCAAAAUGGGCAGCUCGGGCAGUGAUUCGGAUAAUGCUGUCACGCCGGUCAGGAAUGGUGAUCAGGAAAUCGUCGAGAACCUUACCCACGUAGAAGGUCUCUGCAAAGAGCUUCGCCACUGCGUACUCCCCGAUGUCAACGGUGUCAACCAGGCAUUAAUGCAUGAUUGUAUGCUCUUUCGGACAAAGGACCUCAAGCAUGACCCGACCACCGUCUUCAAGGAGUUCUACCCAGCCUCGAUGAACGACGUGCGGAUGUGGAACAUUCGGGAGAUGCGCAUCUGCAUCGAGUGGGGCAAGACGUUCGAGGCGUUCACGAGAUUGUCGAUUAACGAUCAGCUGUCUCUCGUUCGAAACUUUGCCUUCACCUUCAACCUGCUGAAUCGAGUAUUCUACUCCCCGGACCACGGUCCCGACAAGAUUGUCUACCAAAAUGGAGCGUUCAUCUUGAGAGAACCCCAGCAACAGGUGCAACUGUCCGGUUGUCGGCUGAUCUAUCCCCGGCAAAUGGACGAGAUCAUGAUCCCGUUCCGGAAGUUGAACAUCACCGAGGCGGAAUUUGCCACGUUUAAGGCAGCGUUCUUCUUUAAUCCAGACGCCCUCGACCUCUCCCAAAAAGCGAAAGAAGAAGUGGCCGACGAGCGGAACAAGUACCUCUCCGCCCUCUUCACCCUCAUCACCAACAAGCUCGGCAUCCCGUUGGGUGUCCAAAAGUACGGCUCGCUACUCAUGAUGACGGCCAGUAUACAGAAUAUCAUCGCCCAAAACGAGGAGAACAUGCAGGUGAUGGAGCUGUUCAAGAACUGGGAGGUCGACCCGUUCGUGAAAGAGCUCUGUAUGAAAAGAGCU